AUUAGAUGCUGAAGUCUAUUUAAGAGUGACAAAAGAAUUUUGAACUUAAUUUUGUCCGAUAAAUAUCUUCAGUGGUUAAGCCGAAAGGGAAAUGUCUAAUGCAGUGGAAACUCUCUGAAGAGCGAAACAAGGGGAGAUCUUCUGCAAUUCUAUUGUGAAACGCUUAUAGUCUGGAAAUUCUACCCAUUCACGAAAAAAUUGAUAAGAAGUUCGAUGUCAUUCCAAAUAAUUUAAAUUGAAUGAAAUGGUGGCAGUUUGUCAGGUCGACGGUAUGACAAAAUAGAACCGGGGCAAAGAAAAACCACUAAUUGUGAUGGCAUACUGUCAAUUUUCUGAUACACUUUUAAUUAUCUUGACAAAUCAUCUGAUUAAAGAUAUUUGAAAUAUUUUGUAAGCUAUUUAAAAAAUUGGACUUCUUGCAUUUGCUCUGUUGAUCACUGUGCUUAGGAUUUGUAGAGCCAUGUCGCAUUACAUGUAAAGUUAUCAGAAGAAAAAGUUAAUGUAAGAUAAAUCCCUGGCAAUUAGAAAGGAAAUAAGAUACAAAGAAAGAAGCAGCCAAUCAAAGCUUUUCAAAGAUCAUGGAGUUGCCUGUUGUCACCCUAUCAAGGAUCACGAAACAUCUCACCCGUGGCAAGGCGAAUGAUGUCUGAACUUAAGUAUAGUUUAUCGAAAUCUAUUACAUUUAUAUUUAUAAUUAUUACCGAUAUACCCCGAUGUUGAAGGAUCAUAAUGGAGAUUCAUAUAUCAUGGGUUUUAAUUGUGAAAGUGAUAUUUCUUCAAACAGUUCAGUCUCUAGAUGACAACUAUGUGCACAUAAAUUUAAAAUCGGGGGUUGUUAAAGGAUAUAGCCCGUUUAUUUCCUUUCUUACCUCCCCUGUAACGUCUCCAGGAUCUCGGUGUGAUAAACAGGUUGUCCUGAAAAUUGAUUUUUCCGGAAAAUACCACGGAGCCAAGUUUUUCUUGGAUUAUACAGAACCUCCUCGGUUUUGGACUUUGGAUAUUUCCGAUUCGCCCACUGGAGAUGGAUAUGGAGGUGACCAUGGGACUACCAGCAACAUGGCGGAAAGUCAGAUUCACAAUAAACAGUUCCGGAUUUACGGAAAUGACCUUCCUGGUCACAUGGACGCUUCGUCUAAUGGAGGAUUGCUAAUUCACACAACGGAUAAUUUCGUUAAAAGAGGAUCUCGUGUUAAGUUAGAUAUUAGUGAUGAAAGAAUACAGUGGAAAUCUGGGAAAAUAAAAGAUUUCCUGGAAUCUAAGUUUUUGUUUACUCUCAGUGGACAAGAUCCUUUAUAUGGAAUUAAGGAUAACUUUCUAUAUGUUGGGUUAAAUCGAGUUGUGGCGGGAAAUUACAGAAACGGAAGUGGAUUAUGUGAUGUCACAAUAUCUUUAUACUCUUUUCCAGGGAGACGUCCCCCAGAAGGCAAUGCCUGUGAAAAAGGUACCCACAAUUGUCACAAGGAAGCUAUAUGCAUAAACACAAGACGGCGAUAUAGGUGUCGCUGUAAGCCUGGUUUCUAUGGAAAUGGAAAGUUAUGCUACGAAAUAAACGAAUGUCUAUAUGAUAACGGCGGAUGUGUUCAUUUCUGUCAAAACACCAAAGGCAAUUACACCUGUAGCUGCAAAGAAGGGUUUGGACUGGAUAAUGACGGGCACAACUGCAUCGAUAAGAACGAAUGUUUACAAAACAGAGGCGGAUGCCACCACCAAUGCCUCAACACAAUGGGAGGAUACGAGUGCAAAUGUAAUGCUGGAUACUCUUUGACCAAGGACGGGAGAUCUUGCCAACAUGGAACUUGGUGCACGGAGAAUAUAGGUUGUGAUCAUCACUGCAACAGUUCAGGAUCUAGUCUUCAGUGUGCGUGUAGGGUUGGCUAUAUCCUGAUGCCUGACGGGAAACAGUGUCAACAAACCUGUGCAGUAGGAAAUGGAGGUUGUCAGCACAAUUGUUCCAAUUCUCCAUCUGGACCGAUCUGUAGCUGUGCCCCAAAAUAUCUACUAAUGGAAAAUAAUACCACUUGUAUAGCUUCCUGUGAUGUGAAUAAUGGUGGGUGUGACAGGGAAUGUAUUGACACACGAGCGGGACCCACGUGUCAGUGCCCCCAUGGCUUCCAUCUUCACCAAGACGGACGCACCUGUUUAGAUGAAGAUGAAUGCGCAGAAAACAAUGGUGGAUGUAGUCACAAAUGCCUCAAUACGGAGGGAAGUUUUGAAUGUGUUUGUCCAAAGGGCUUCAAAGUCCAAUAUAACCAGAGAGUUUGUGUCGACAUCAACGAAUGUGAAUUGAAUACAACCUGUGAUCAUAACUGUGUGAAUACGCCAGGAAGUUAUUACUGCACGUGUAAGCAGGGGUACCAGCGAUACGGCGUGACACACUGUGCGGAUAAGAAUGAAUGUCUGGAUCAGAACGGUGGAUGUCAGCACUCUUGUGUUAACAAACAGGGAGGCUUUAAGUGUUUCUGUAAGACCGGCUACAAGUUACAUUCCAAUGGAAAAGACUGCAUAGAAUGGAACAAAUGUUUGCCCUUUGAAUCGCCUGCGAAGACAGUGGCCGCUUGCAAGCAGUCGGGAGCGGAUCAAUACUGUUCCCUUCGAUGCGAAGCCAACACUCAUCCGUCCAGCCUCAUGAACAACAACAAAUAUUACAAAUGCGGUGCUAGCACACAGUUUCAGUGGUCUCAUUAUCUUCAAAACAUCACACUGCCUUUUUGCUCUAAAAAUUCACACGCACCAUCCAUUACCAAAACAAUAAAGUUUGUAUUUGUUGCUACCAGAUGUCGGGUCAAAAGACGCCUUAGACAGGAAGUACGACAAAAUAUCACCAUCCAACUCAACACAUUAAAGAAAUUUAAAUGUAGAAAUUCGUGCAAAAUUAAUUACGUUCAAAUAGACUGCAAAAAAAUUCCGAAGAAAUUCCGAAGACUAGCAAAGAACAGCUCUAAAACAGUGGUUGCUGGUCAAAUGGAACUGCAAGUGGAACCUUUCGCAGUAACUAAAAAAUGUGACAUUCCUUGCACAUUGAAAAGAACAGAGAGACGGCUAAAGAAGGCCUACAAAACACUCAGAAAGCUGGUCAACAAGGAGCAGCUAUUCUUUAGAUACGAUAAACAGGACGUAUCUUUCGCUAAAAGAUCAUUGAAGACAAAGAAGGUAUACGGUUAUAAAUGUCCCGUGGGCAGCAUAAAGGCGGAUAGAGCUUGUGUGGAUUGCAGUAUGGGAUCGUUUUAUAACAGCAGUAGUGAUACGUGUGAACUAUGUAGUCCAGGGACCUACCAGGAUACGGAGGGACAAACGAAGUGCAAAAAGUGUCCCUCCAACUUGACAGGGGGAGGAAUGUUGGGGGCAAAGAGUACGAGUGAAUGUUCUGUUCUUUGUGGUCCUGGUACUUAUUCCUCUGAUGGACAAAAUCCAUGUAAAAAAUGUCAGCGGGGUAAAUAUCAGACCGAAUAUGGACGAACCAGUUGUAUUGACUGUGGUGUGGGUCUAACAACUUUACGUGAUGGUGCAUCAUCUUUCCGAGACUGCAGCACGAAAGUCACGUGUGCUGCCGGAAAUUUCUUUGAUGUUCUGAGGCACCAAUGCCGGCCUUGUCCAGUUGGGACCUAUCAGCCGACUGCAGGUCUUAACUUUUGCUACGCAUGCCCAGUCAGUACUUCAACAGACUUUGUUGGAUCUACAAAUCAGUCCGAUUGCAAAAAUCAAAAAUGUGGAGGGCAUAUAGGUAAGCUUCAAGGAUACAUUGAGAGCCCAAACUUUCCUGGCGAUUAUCCAAAUAGUAUCCAGUGUACCUGGAAGAUUAAACCAGGAAAGAAACGACGAAUUCUUGUGAUCAUUCCGGAAAUAUUCCUGCCAAAAGAGGAUCAAUGUGGCGAUAAGCUGGUCCUACGUAAAUCAAGUAAACCCUCGUCACUGACCACCUACGAAGUUUGUGAAACAACAGAAAAACCAAGAGCUUUUACCUCUAGGAGCAGAAGACUGUGGAUUCAGUUUAAGUCUGACUCGCAGAACACAGCAGGGGGGUUUUCCAUUCCGUUUGUGACUUACAAUGAGGACUAUCAGCCAUUAAUUGAGGACAUUGUGCGAGAUGGAAGAUUAUACAGUUCCUAUCAACACCAGUCCAUCCUCAAGGACCGGAAGCUCCUAAGCGUGCUGAUGGAGGUGAUUUCACAGCCUUAUAACUAUUUCAAAUACGCCAAUGUAUCCCACACAAUGAUGCCGACUUCUUUCAUACAAUUAUUAACAGAAAAGGUCCAACGAUUCUUUUCCACGUGAGUGUGUGAUUGAACAGCAGAGAGGAAGAGGUCGCUAAAUAGUGUAAAUAUGUCUGGACAUUAGUUAAGACAAACAUUCAGAUCCGGAUUGGAGAUAAGACAGAAAUGUAUGCUGCUAUCCUGCUUUCAAGGACGGGCUUAAAGCCAUUUGUACAUGGAUUUGUUUAAGACUUGUUAAAUCAAAGCAACUGCAGUCAAGACUUAGAAUCCUGUAGUUGCAAGAGUAAACUGUUUUGUGUAUCUAUGUACAUGUAAAUGCUCAUUACAUGCCAAAUUAGUAUUUAUAUUGUAUUUUAACUAUAGAGUUUUAUAGAUUGUUUUUCUCUUUUAUACAAUUGUUUUUGUUAAGUUGGCACAGGUGAAAUGUAUGAAAAUUUUCGUUACUAUUCGCUUUCUUUAUUUAAUUAUUACCUAAAAAGCUUCCUUUUCGAAGUUUUGAAUUAUAGAAGAUAAUUUCAUAAGCAUUGUGUAUUGUUUGAAUAUUUGCCUUUUAAAUGCUGAAAGAUUUCUGCUUUCUGUAUCCUUGUACCGCUUGUUUUAGUCGAAAUAUGAUAUAAUUGCAAAAUCUCAGAUGAAAACAUUAAUGUCGAGGGAACAUGCUGGUUUAAAACUUUAAACGUCGGAAGAUGUAAUGAUCAACAUCAAAGAUUUGAAAAUAAUGUUAUUGUGAGAAUUUUAUAUCUGGAUAUGUUGAUUAAUGUCAGAAUAACUACUAUUUAUACAGAAAUGAAAAAGGUAACUCAUACUCUUCUUUUAAAAGAUAUCACGAAACACCAGUUCCGGUGGCAAUAAAACUAACGAGUUAAAAUUAGGUCUCAUUCUCACUUCCUUCAUAUGAAAUUGAGACCCGAAUAACCUGGAAACAGAUAUCAUGAAUGGACGCAAUUAUCAUUGUAGAUCCGAGAAAUAAUUACCAUUGAUGCAUUUUUUGUCAUGUUUGUGCCUGCCAUUUUGUGAUCGUGAAUAGAACACUGACUGAUAUGUAAAAUUGUAAAGCUUUGUUUAAAUCAAAAUAAAUUGAAUUUUUGUA